AUGACUGGUGGAAAGGAAGACUCAAUGGUGGGGGCGACUGCUCUCCAGGAUAUUCUGUUCGUUUACGGCGGUGUGCAGAGACACAUCACCUCCGUGGAACUGCGCACUGUCGACCGUGACAAUCUCACGAUCGACUACAGCUGCUCGCACGGGUCGAUGAUGGAGAAGAGUGUGACAAUUCCGGAAAAGUUCCGGUCUGCGAACUCUACUGACGCGGUGCGCGCCAUGGCCCACGAGGCCUGUCAAGUGAGGGGCCUGUCCCCCUACGAGAUCCGCGAGGUGAUCCCGCCCAACACGGUGCUAGAUUGGUUGAUUGUGGGCGGUGUGUUUUUGCCGACCCUGUGCUACGUGUACAGACCGGCACUGUACUGCCUGGGAAAGCUGCCCCUGUUCCCUGCAGCGGUCCUCGCCCUCUUGGACAACGACCGCGUGCUCCUCGCGAUUAUUGUCCUUGAGUUUGUUGCUCACGCCGCAGAGACACUGUUCAUAGUCGUGCCCAAGCUGCAGUACUACCGGACGCGGUCCCAGGACCGCACCGCGUGGCUGCUUCUUGGGCUGCUCGAAGGCUACGGACCAGCACGGCGCCUCGACGACCGUGCCCGUGCGAUCGCGGCGGCCAAGAACCCAUCCCCGCACAGCGAAUAG